UCAUAAAUAUUUUGUUCUUUCAGUUAUUUUAUAAAAAAUGUGUUUUCGAAAUCAUCAAUAAUGAGUGUGUUCCUCGACAGAGUUUUCGGUUCCUGUUUUCGUACUUGGGUGUGGAGUAAUCCGGAGACAGGACAACAAAAAUAUAUUGAUUAUUUGCCAAAAAGGAAAUGGAGAUACAAUGACGAAAACCUUAUGAAUGAUCUAAAUGACAACAACAGUUGGGAUGUUAUGGAUUUGACUGAUGACGAUCAUUUUGUUCACUCAAGAACAUUAAAAAACAUGCAACUUCGCUUACAUGACAAUGUUUUUAUCAAUCCUUUAAAUUCAGAAGAUAAGGACAACAACAGCAACAACAACAAAAACAACAACAACAAGGAUAUGGACGUUCCUUUGGAAAAAGAAGCGGAAGAGAAUACAGAAGAAGAAGAAAUUGUUGUUGAUACUCAUGUUUCUCAGAAUGUUAUAAAUUCGAGUCAAAAUUGUAGUACUAGCAGCGAUAAUAAGGCAUUAGCCAGUAACGACACCACUCACGACAUUAGUAAUUCAGGAUUAGUUAUUAAUAAAGUUGCAGAGACUGUGACAGAAUAAAAAAAUAAGAUAUAUUUUAAUUUUAAUUUUUAAAGACAUGGAGGCGAUUCUUAAGAAAUUUAAAAAGGACAUUUUCAAUGAAAAAUUUUAAGAAUGGCAGCAAAUCAAAAAAGAUUAGGAAGGAAAUUUUUGAUGUGUACGGAAAAACUCUUAACGUGGUCUACUAUAUAACUAUGCUAUGCAAGUACAUAAGAUUGAUUGAAAUUAUGAAGGCUCUUCUUGACAAGACUUCUUUUAAAAAACGAAGAAAAAAAGCAGAUGCAAAUAUUGUCUUUGUUCAUAAUUGUUACAGGAUAUUCGCUCUGUCACGAAUAUCAGUAAUUCCUUUGAUAUGUUAAAAAAAAGCCAGGUUGGUCAAUCAGAACUGUAUUUAUUUUUUGAAAUAUUGGCAUUCACAUUUGUUCUUCAAUUUUUUACAGCCUUUUAUCAAUGUGCUUAUGCUGGUCCAAAUAGGUUAAAAAUGAGGUAUAUAUCAGGAAUUUUAGUCAUGUAGGAAAUCUCUAAGAGAAAUAAGACGUUUAUUUUGAGUCGAUACUCUUAGGUUAAUGUAUUUAUCGUCCAUAUUUUUGUCCGUCCGUCCGUCCGUUCUUUCGUUCGUUCUUUCAUUUGUUUGUUCGUUCGUUAGUUAGUUACACUUUUUUUUAUAAGAAGUUGGGACUCAGCAAAUAAUUUCUUUUGGCAAGUUCUAAGAAACUUCAAGUCUCAAAUAAAUAGUUUUAUGAUAAGACUAAAAUAGUUUUUUUUCUUUAUUUGUUUUUUUUUUUCAGCUAUGUUUUGAACUGUCCGUUUGAUUUUACUUAUGGAAUGCGAUUGUGUUUGUGGCAAAUAUUUGGUUUAUUUAUUUAUUUAUUUAUAGAUUGUCUCUGUGCAGGUGCAGGUUUUCGUAUUUAUUUUUUAAUAUUUAUUAUAUAUUUAUUUGAUGGUGAUGGAAUUAGUCUUAACCUACUGUUCACUAGUAAUAAUCUUUCUAAUGGAAUGAUUUUAGGAAAUUUUGAAUGUCAUAUUAAUCUGAGGACAAAACUUUGAAUUGAUACUUUCGGCAGCCCAGUGUUAGUGUGGCAGUUACUUAGUGCUAUUAUAUAUGUGUAUUAUUCAGUACGAAUGUACGCUAAUUCGAUAACAAAAGUCGGGAGGGGGGGGGGGGGGGAAUGUAAUGUUGAAAUUAUUCUAAUCUAAUGCUUUGUCCGCCUUGAGAUUGUUGAUUCACCAGUUAGUCAGAAUUUUUAAUAUUUUUUGUUCCAUAUGUACAUACUAUGACGAUAUAAUUUUAAAAAGCUGCAUUUGUUGACUUGAACUGUAAAUAUUUGAAUUUGUGAAAUUAACAGCAGCAAGGCGUGGUUAUUUACAGGUUGGUCAAUGAGGCUGAAAAAAAUCUAGAAAAACAAAAGGUUUUAAUUAAACUAAAUUAGUAAAAAAAAGACUCUUGAACUCUUGGUUUAAUGUAGUACGUUGGACCACAGACAUACUGAAUGAAUGUGUGUCUGGUUUUUAUCUUUACAGACUUUAUGCAUAUUUUAUUUUGUUUUAUAACUUUUUUAUUUUCACUCUAAUCUUGUAUAUAUUUCACAUGUCAAUAAAUGGAAUAAGAACACAGAACAAGAAAAAAAUUCGUCCUUAA